ACGAACCGAUUCGCAGGUGAAACGCUUACCGCUCUGAGCUGAACCGCGAACCUGUGCCCCGGACGCAUCGAACUGUUUUUUUUUCUGUACGUUGCUCGUUGUUUGCUUUCGUGGAACAAUACGGGAGAUUUGAACGCGUGUAUAAGCGAGGAAAUUUGGCGAGAGUAACAAGCAGUGAAUGGGUUCCUAAUUGGAAUGGUUGUGCUAUAAAAGAAAAAAAAAGCAACCGAAAAAAUUGAGUGAAUCGAGCAAAGUGUCGUAAAGUGACUGAGUGAAGAUUGAAGCACAUAAAUAUGCAGAUUGGCACUGUGAUGGGUGCCACAGGCCUGGUGCUGGUGUUGUUGGUCGUCACGGUGAAAUCCAACUCGGACCUGCCGGAUUUCGAUUUUGACGCUCAGAAGGGCGACGAUGCCGAUGACGACGAUUACUAUUACGUGAAUGACGGGGACGACCAGCAGAUGCAACCGUCACACAAGAUGAUCAACUAUAAUCGAUCGCUUGACGAUACGGGAGGGGAUCGAGGUGGUGGAGGGGCAUUCCUCAUGGAGGACGAUGACACCAGCUUCGACAUGAUGGACGAUGUCGACUUUGUCGAGGACAUCGCCGAGAGCAAUUUCCAGCGUAAACAGGCCGCGAUGCGACAGAUUAUGCUGCGAGCUUUCGCCAAUCGCGAUAUGCAGAGAAAGUUCGGCGAGGUGCUGCCACUGCUCAAGGUGAUGUCCAAGCCGCAGAAGGCGACGCUGGCGGCGCUGAUCUCGGCUCAGGUCAACUCCAAGGAGGGGAAAACUUUGUCGCUCGAACAGGUUACACAGAUGUUCGGUGAUCGGCAGGAGUUGAUCCUCCCGCUGGUGUAUGACAUAGCAAAUAUGAUCCGGUCGGUGGCAAAGCAAGAGAGCUUAUUGGAUCAGCAGUUCCCCACAGAGGAGGAGGAACUCGUUCCCACAAAUCAACUGUUGAGGAGGAGUUUUUCGGUUCGAUCGGAGCCGUCUGGGUUCAAAAUGAAUAUGGUUGAUUCGGCGGAUUCCAAUUUGAAAGAUGAUCGCUUGAUGGUGGAUCUGAAUGAUGACGAAGCGAAAACGGUCGCAGGUGGUGAUGAUGGACCGGAGGCUCGGUCCAUGUCCCAUAGCCCACCGGUGUUUGAGAAGUUGGUUCAGUCCAGGCCACGGUACAACAUGCAGAUGACUAGGACUAAGGACAAAACUGAUGAGCGAAUGUCAUACCACGAGAUGAAGCUCAACAUGACGGCCUUCAAUUCAACAAAGAAUCAGAAAGAUCAACUGGCAAUGCCAUCGGAUGGGCCAAUUCCGGUCACCCUGACAAAAGCGGGAUCUUCUACUGGGGCUCAGAAAGUUAAGAUGACUGCCGCUCCGCCUACCGAAGAGCCGGAAGUGGAAAGUACAACUCUCACGAUGGAACAGAUUGAAGAUUUGGCUUUAUCUGGGCUGAAUGGCACGGAACUGGAUGCCGUUGAGACCAGUUUGGGUCAUGGGAAUGGAUCCGGUCCAGUGGCCGAGAUGUUGAUUGGUGGCUACCGAAAUCGACUGAAUAUGAUUCACAUGCUGUUGCCAACCGAGAGGUGUGACCACUUUUCCACGGGAGUGUGCAUCCGAGUGGAGAACUAUCCGUCGCCUCAAAUUAUGAACAGCAUUCAGCGUCACAAGCGAGCCAUGGGGGCCCUCCUAGCAGAGUACACCGACAAGAGCAAUGAAUUCGACAAGAAUGCCUAUGAACUGGAGGAUAUCGAAAGGGGAAUCAACACCAAACUGACGAAACGUUCGGACGACCCAUCCAAGUCCGGUGGUGGUAUGUGCCCGAGCAUUAUCCGCUACGCACGGCCUCAGAAGGCUCGAUCGGCCACUGGCGAAUGGAAGUACAUCGUCAACACCGGAGAACACACGCAAACGCUUCGAUUGGAAAAGUGCACAACUCCCCAGGACAGCUGCACCUACCUAACGGACAACUUCCGCUCUCGGUGUGUUCAAAUCUACAACUACCACCGACUUCUCAGCUGGGAUUCGGCUAGAGGCCUGCACGUGGACAUUUUCAAGGUACCAACAUGUUGUUCUUGUCACAUCGAUGGCUACCGGGAGGUCUUCCCGCCAUUCAACGGCGGCAACGAGUACGAUUCCAAGAGUGAUUCCUACGAAGAUCCCAGCGCCGCUGCCAGCAAUCCUCAGGUGAAAGCCUCCCAGUACAGUACCCUCAAGUUUGACAACGAUGAACCGGAAAAUGUCGAAGACAACAUUGCAUACCACUUCGCCAACGGAUUCCAACGGAUGAAACCACCAAAGUAUGACAACGGAAUGUUGAUCCCACCGAGUCCACCAACUCACCAACAGUUCACCAAAAACCGUUUCGAGCGCCCAAAGUUGGUUCCACCGAAGAAACAGAACCUGGCCCAUUUCAUUCCACCACCGGUCCUUGACACCUACCUGAGCCCACCGCCGAACGAAGUAAGCUACCAUACUCCGUUCAAGCGAGGACCGCAUUUCACCAAUGACAACACCCUCAAGCGGACGGUGCAGGUCCAACCCACUCGCAAUCGACUCCCCAUUCGCAAGCAAAUCAAUGUCGAUCAGAACAUCGCCGAAACUGACAUCCGAAUCAAUCAAGUUCAAGUAAUGCCUCCAAACAAACAGGACCGACUUCCACCAACCCAAGCCACAGAGAAACUCCGCAAACGAUACACCACUACCCCACAGACCCCAACGCACAAAAAGGAGAAAACCCCACAUUACCAAACCCGACCCAAACCACACUCGGUGAAAUCAACUCCAAUCAUCCCGGUUACAUCGCCACCAUCAACCACAUCGACCGCGGCUACCACCAACGGUCAUCAACGAAUCAACUACAACUACCAUCCCAUCAUCGACUUUUUCGAAGACGAGGAAGCUCCGGAACUUCCGGAACAAAUCGAUCGCAUCGGUUUGAAUAGCAGAAAUGGUGGCGACAGUGGAUCUUCGAUGAACAGUUGGAAACCGCUACUGCACAACAGUCAACCGCGACCCAUGAGGAUACCGAUCUGAACCGGUGCCACCCCCUUCCAUUUCCCUUCUCUCUCUAGAUUAGCAUAAUAACUUAUUGAAACUCACCACAAUUCAGCGCUGUUGUGGUGAACGAAGUUUCGAGACUUGAAAAGCUUGAAAGCUUACGGAAUACUCUCUUCCUCUUCUCACUCGUGACUCACUGGUGG